AUGGAGGCUUCUAAAGGUCUGGAUGCGCCGCGGCCGAUCAUGGACGGCUACUCGGUGGUGGACUUGGCGGAGCGAGGCGGGCUUGCCGGGCACGAGUUGAGUGCUGUGGCCAAAGCAGUGGCUCGUGCGGCAGAUGCGGCGGAGGGGAGCCGCGAUCCGGUGCCGGUCGAGGUGCUGCAUGCGGUGGCGCGAUCGGUGUUUGGGCAUGCCGGCGGCUUGAGGGCGACCCAGGUCGAGGCCAUCGCUGCGCUGAUGGAGGGCAAGCACACGUUUGCUUCGCUACCGACCGGCGGCGGUAAGAGCCUCAUUUACCAGAUGGCCGCGGCGCUGAUGCCGGGCUUGACUCUUGUCGUCUCACCGCUGCUGGCCCUCAUCUCGGAGCAGGCAACGCGGACCAACUCGUUCGGCAUUCCUUCGACCUUUAUCACCUCGGCAACCUCGCGCGAUACACGAGCGUGGAUCGAGGGCUCGCUGGCCAUGGCCAGUCAGCCCUAUCAGCUGCCGUGCAAGAUGCUGUUUGUUACGCCGGAGCGCGUGGCCCUGGACUCGUUCCAAAGCCUCGUCGCCGACCUAUCCGCCAGCGGCCUCCUCUCGCUCUUUGCCAUCGAUGAGGCCCACUGCAUGUCCGAGUGGGGGCACGACUUUCGGCCGCACUAUGCUGAGCUCGGUGUCCUCCACGACAUUGCACCCGAAAUCCCGGUCCUGGCGGCGUCCGGCACCGCGCCGCCGCGGGUCCGGCGCGACGUUGGUUCCAUGCUCCUCGGCGACGCCAGCAAGUUCCAUCUCGUUGCUGAGUCGUUUGACCGGCCGAACCUGACCUACGUGGUCCGGCCGAAAGAGUCGGAUGUGGAGGACGACAUUGCGGCGCUCAUUGCCACCUCGUUUGCCGCCGAGUCGGGCAUUGUCUACUGUCUCACCACCCGCGACGCCGAGCGGGUGACUGAGCGGCUGGCCGAGUCGGGCAUCGCCGCCGCGCACUACCAUGGCGGCAUGUCGCUUGCCGACCGCGCCAAGGCCCAAGAGGCCUGGUCAUCCGGCGAGACACCGGUCCUCUGCACCACAGUCGCGUUUGGUCUGGGCAUCGACAAGCUCGACGUCCGCUUUGUCAUCCAUCACUCGCUCCCGAUGUCGCUCGAGGGCUACUACCAACAGUCGGGCCGUGCGGGUCGCGACGGCAAGUCCGCCACCUGUGUGCUCUUCUACAAGCCGCAGGACCUGGUCCGCGCUGAAAAGGUUCAGUCCUCGACCGUCGUAGAGCACCCGGCUGUUGACGAAUCGCCCGACGCCCCGCCGAUCCUCCACCGCAACCGUGAGUUCCAGAUCAAGGACCAGCUCGACGACAUCAAGCAGUUCUGCCUCGCCACCUCGUGCCGUCGCGCCCAUGUCCUGAACCACUUUGGCGAGUUUGAUCCGCCGCGCGUCCAGGCCUCGCCCUGCUGCGACGUCUGCUCGCCACAGCUCGCCCCUACCCCCCGUGCCGAGCCGCCGCCCAAGCCGCGCGCUGGCCGCCGCACGACUUCAGGAAGCCGCCGCGCUCGCCCACGCCGCCGCGCCAGCCCAGCCCUCAUCACCCCCGACGACCUCGGCUCCAGUGGCGUCCGUGGCCCAGCAUCGAUUCCCCACGCCCUUCGUGUCCUAGACUCCGCCCGCCAAGCCAUCGCCACCCGUCGCGGCAUCAAGCCGGCGCAUGUCUUUUCCAAGGCCGCCCUCCUUGACCUCGCCCGCCGCCAGCCAUCCACCAUGGACGAGCUCCAAGCCAUGGCCUCAAUCCCCAACAAGAAGGCCGCCCUCUACGGCGAAGAGAUCAUCGAGGUUCUCUCCCGACUGUGA